CAGUUGUGGUUUUAAAAAUCAGCUUGUGAUAAACUGUCUGUUCUAUUUUUAGUUUUAACUGAUUUUAAAAUAAUAUUUGAUUAAGAUAAAACACAAAAUACAAUAUUCAAGUAAACAUGAUACUAAAUAAAAGCAAAGUCUACAGUUGAAAAUCACUUAAUAGAUAAUAGACUUAAUGAAUCAUCUCUCUAAUACCAAUUAGUUUAUCUUAAUUUGAUUAUUUACAAUGUCCAAUCAGACACCAGACAAUAGUAUAUAUAACAAUAUCACAGAAAUUUGCAAAAAUGUCUUUAUGCAAACAUCUGGAACCCGACCUCCUGAAAAUGUGCUUAAGCAUUUGCGUUCUAAAUGUUAUGAAAUAUUAUUGAAAAAAUCAUGUUAUAAAUAUCCUGAUCCUCCUGAUAUAAAUAUGAGUCUGUUGAAAAAAUGCUUCAUAAUGAAGUCUGAUAUGCAAACAAUAUGUGAUAUGGACAGAACAAACCGAUUGGAAAAAUGUACACAUAAAAUUAUGAAUGAAAAAAUUUACAAGGAGGAAGUAUUCCAAAAGAUUCUGUCUCUCUUAGUUUGUUUGGCUGAUAGCUUACAGUAUAUGGAGCCGCUGAAUUUGGUACCCUGGACAUUUGGUAAGAGGGAUGAAUUCUGUUUAAUAAAAUCAAGAGCUGAUGUAGGGGACAGUUCUCUUUAUCCUAUGUAUAACAUCGGAAUGUUCUCGUUGAAUGAUGAUUUGGAUAAAGAAUACUAUAAAGAUCCCUUUAGGCGAUUGCAAGAAGCUGAAUGCAGAGGCCAGUCUGUUAACCCAUAUUUUCCACACUUUGGUACUGAACUUUUGAAGUUAGAACCAGGCAGUGGAUUACCACUUCUAGGGCAAUUUUUACCACAAACAAAAAACUCCUUGCUUAGUAGCAGUAAAUUGAAUUCCAGUUAUUCCGGAAAAUUUUUUGAUCUCAAUAAAAAUAUUAUAGCAAAUGAUGAAUCUAUGGAUUGCCUUUGUAUACAAGAAAAAAUAUCAAAUAGUGGCUCAAGUAGUGAUCAUCAUGUCACAUUUUGCACAUCUAACGAAGGAAUUGUUGUUGAGCCCGCAUCAUCUGGCCAAAUUACUUCAAGAGGAUCUUUUCGUAGCGGUACUGGUAGUGGAGUGUCAAUUAGAACAUUAACUGAUCAGGAAGAUGAUGCUUUAGAAUUGUGGUCUAAACUGGAAGUCAGUGAUAGAGCAAAUAAACACAGAAACUGGAGUCACUUAGGUGAUGUAAACCCACCAAAAGAACCAGAAUUUGCCACAGAAGCUGAUUCUGCACUAUUAUUUUGGACAAUUUGCAAUCCAACUAUGAACUACAUAAAUUUAGACACAUCUGAUUUUAUAAGGGAUGUAAAACAUUUGUUAGCCGGCAUUUCAUCACGAACGUUUCUUUACAAUAAUAAUAUUGACUCCUUUGAAUUAAUAGAAAAUGUUGCAUUGCCACAAAAAAGCCCUAGCUGUGCUGAAGGGUAUUCGGAGAGUUUUAUUUGCGCUGGAAAUUGGAUAAUGCGAUUAACGAAAAUGUUUGGUGGAUAUAAAGAGAACAAGGGUUUUGUAUAUGAGGCACUAAGAAAAAUAGUUUGUGAUUAUCUAUUCUCCUAUCAACAAAUAAUAUUUAAUAUUUCAUGUACUUCUGUAAUUGAAUUAUUUCAAGAAACAUUGGAUCUUCGAACACAAAUUGAAAUAUUAGGACACCUGUUUACAGAAUUUGAAAAAGAUUUUCCUCAAGGAUCUCAAUUAUUAACUAUGAUUUUAUCUAAAACAAAUGACGUGGUUAAUAGGGAUGUGGAACUUAUACUAUUUGCAAUAAUUCGAGAAUGUUGUACUGUGUAUUUUAGAAUAAUACAGCAGUGGCUAUUCACUGGAAUAUUAUAUGAUCCAUAUUGUGAAUUGUUUAUUGUGAAACAUGAUGUAAGUGGGGGCAGUAGACUCCACUGGAACACGUGUUACACAAUUGUUGAUAAAGACACACCUGCUUUUUUGAAAAGCAUAUCUAGUGAAAUUUUAAAUUGUGGAAAGAAUUUGCAAUUACUAAGAGAUUGCGAUCCAACACAUCCAUUAGUUACAAGUUUGCCUGAAAUUGCUCCAUAUAUACCAUGCUGUAUGUCCUUGGAAGAUGUGGCGGAAUUAAAUAAUGUUUGUAAUAAAUAUAAUGACAAAGCUGUAAAAAUGUGUGGAAAAUUGAUCACUAUACAGGUACAUUUGGAAAAUGAGAAAUUGAAAAGGGUUGAAAAUAUUGCCAUUGCUCAAAGAAAAAGGAUUGAAAAUUAUGAGAAAUGGAAAGAUGCGGAUUUAAGGCUGAAGCAGAUAUCAAAAGAGAAGAAAGACCAACAAGCCAAAAUAUUGAAACAACAAAUAAUGGAAAGUAAUACGAUCAGAGAAAAUGAACGAAGAGAAAAAGUCAGAGAAGAAUUGAUUUUAAUUAAAAGAGAUAAAAUAUUAAUGGAACAACAAAAACAAAAAAUUGAAGAAGAAAAGUCUAAAAUCAAAGAAUAUUAUGAUGAGCUUGGUAGUAUUGUGCAAGCAAAAGCUAUAAAAACACAGUGGAAAAAUAAAAGACGUAUUAAUGAUGAAAAAAGAGUAAAUUUUCUCAUAAAUGAGAGGGAAAAUGAUUUAAAACUUUGAUGAGUUUGAGUGAAUCUCAUAAUCAACAAA